AUGCACCCUGCGAUACACAGACAUCUUUAUUUUUCUUACUCUUUUGUCCCUUUCUCCCCAGUCUCUCUCUCUCCCAGCCCCAUCUCUCACUCUUUUCUUUGCAUAUUCAGAAAUAUUAAAACCCAACUCAUCUCUCUUUUUCUGUCUUCCCUGUCUUUCACUUUCUCCCUCCACCCUCUGAUUUUUUUUGUUCUCCCAGCGUUUCAAUCAUUUGAUAAUCUUUCUUUCAGAAUUAUCGAAGGUGCCUGUUCGUUUAAUAUUUCUUUUCUUCAAAAAUUACUGCUAUAUUUUUCUUGUUCAUUCGAAGUAUUCUUUACUGACCUUUUCUUCAUUUCUUUCUUCUUCCAAAAUACACACCUGCUUGUACGUUUUCUUCUCUUUGAUCUUCCUGAUGAUUUUCUGGUUAGAGAGAACAAUUCUUUUUUUCGUUUCUCUUUUUACAUUGUUCAUUACCAGCAUUCCACUCCUAUGUUCUGA